AACAAAACUAAAAUCUGUAUAUAUACACGAAUUGUAAAUAAAGUAUGCAAAAGACCAGCGUAGAGGACAAGACGCAUGCCAUCCAGAUUGCGUCGAAGCCAAGAAAGGAUGUGGACGAUGGUGGCGGCGGCGUUGGAGGCGCCAAUCGUAUCAUUGUAAAUGCAGCGCUUGGAGCGACUGAGACACGCAUACGAAUCAAUAAAUGGCGCGUACGCGAAGGGCAAAACGUUUCAGCGGCACAAAUCCUGUUCCUGUACCAACAGCUCGGCGAUGAUGGGAAACCAAUCAAAGAGGGCGAUGCCACUUUUCUAAAAUACAAGUCAAAUCAAGCUGGAGUGGUUAGAAAGCGGCUACGCAAAGAAGGCGAAAUAGUGAUAAAAGGAGAUGCGCUUUUGGAGUUAUCCGAAUGCAUACACACAACCGUUAUCAAGGACAUGUGCGCAGACUGCGGCGCAGACUUAAGGCAGAACGAUAAUGGACAAACAUCGGAGGCAUCGGUGCCCAUGGUGCACACAAUGCCCGAUUUGAAAGUUACACAGAAACUGGCCCAAAAGCUUGGACACGAUGACACACGCCGCCUGCUCGCCGAUCGCAAGCUGGUGCUGUUGGUGGAUCUCGAUCAGACGGUUAUACACACUACCAACGAUACGGUGCCGGACAACAUCAAGGGCAUCUACCACUUCCAAUUAUAUGGCCCACAGUCACCCUGGUAUCACACGCGUCUGCGCCCGGGCACCGCUGAGUUCUUGGAGCACAUGUCACAGCUGUAUGAACUGCAUAUUUGCACCUUUGGUGCACGCAACUAUGCACACAUGAUUGCCCAACUGCUUGAUCCGGAUGGCAAGUUUUUUUCCCAUCGGAUUUUGUCGCGCGAUGAGUGUUUCAAUGCCACCAGCAAGACGGAUAAUCUAAAAGCGCUUUUUCCCAAUGGCGACUCAAUGGUGUGCAUUAUAGAUGAUCGUGAGGAUGUUUGGAAUAUGGCGUCUAAUUUAAUACAAGUGAAGCCCUAUCAUUUCUUCCAACACACUGGCGACAUUAACGCGCCGCCAGGCUUGUCAAAACACGAGCUAGAUGGCGAGGGUGUUGAUUUUAAGGAGAUUGAUAAAAUUGCCGAAAAAAAAUCGGACGGUGACAAACCAGCGUCGAGUGUGGCAAAAUCCGAAGACGCUGAAGAGAAAAGCGACAAUACAGUUUCAAGCACAAGCAAGGAUGAGGAGGGAAAUGAGGAGUCAGUGGAUAUAUUCGAGCUAGAUAGCGAGACAAAAGAUGCAGAGGCCAAUACCAUUGAAACUAAAGAAACCUAUGUAAAUAGCGUUGAAAAAUUGAAUGGCAAAGCGGCUGCCGACGAACAUUUGAAUGUAGACGAGAAUUCGUCCGGCUUACCAGAAGAGGAAGCGCACAGCAGCGGCAAGCAUGGAAGCGAUAGUGAUGAUAUUGUUGUGAUUGAUGACGUGCCCGCGGAAAGCUCAAAGGGCAGCAAUAAUGCUGAGAAAUUGGUGCCCAAGAAAGAAGAUGACGAAAGCAUCGCCUCGUCCACAAGCGGCGAUGAUAAGCGGCUGGCAGAGGGCGACGAUGACGCCGCAAAAACCAAUGAUGAUGUGGCCACAACAUCUCAAAGCCACUGUCCAAAUGUUAAAAUAUCCAAUGAUGGGCUGAAACAAAUCGAAAUCGAGGAUCCCGAUGACUAUUUACUCUAUUUGGAGGUUAUAUUGCGCAACAUACACAAGCGCUUCUAUGCGAUCUACGAUGAGACAACAGAAAUACCCGACCUCAAAAUCAUUGUGCCGAAAAUCCGAUGCGAAGUGCUACGCGGUCAAAAUCUAGUCUUUUCCGGCUUGGUGCCGACCCAAAUGAAGCUGGAGCAAUCGCGCGCCUACUUUAUAGCCAAGAGCCUGGGCGCCGAGGUGCAGUCGAACAUUAACAAGGACAUAACACAUCUGGUGGCCGUCAAUGCAGGCACCUACAAAGUCAAUGCGGCCAAAAAGGAGUCCAAAAUCAAGGUGGUCAAUGCCAAUUGGCUGUGGGCCUGUGCCGAACGCUGGGAGCAUGUAGAUGAACGUCUAUUUCCGCUGGAUCGCAAGGUGCGCAACAAGGGCCGCCAGCCGCCAGCGCAUUGUCACAGUCCCGAGCAUGUGGUCAACUACAGUGAGAGAUCUGAAAUUUCGCCAUCGAGCAGCAUGCAGCAGGAGCAAGGUGGCAACUUCCGUGAAACGCUGAAUCCGCUGUUGGUGUUUACCAAUGCGGACAUUGAGUCCAUGAACAAAGACUACGAGACGUUCUUCGAGUCGGACUCCUCCAGCGACGAAGGUCCUGUCAACUUUGAAAAUCCGCCCAUGGACAAAAAAUUACUGAAGCGCAAGCGCGAGGACGAGAGCUCAAAUCGCGCACAUGAUUUCUUUACACGCGCUGAAGAUGUCAUGCUGGCCGCUCCCAGCAACGUUGCGGAUUUCGAUAAGAGCUCCAACGAGGGCGAUGAAAAUGAUGACGAGGAAAAGGAGGACGAAGACGAUGACGAGAUGCCAAGUGCUAAGUUUAGGCGCGGCGAAGAAUUGCCCUCAGAUUUGGAAAUGGGCUCCGAUUCCAACAGUGAAAACAAUCAGGAGGAUGAGGAUGAUGGUGAAUGGAACAUGAUGGGCGCAGCUUUGGAGCGUGAAUUCCUCGGACUAGAAGAUUAGAUUAUUGAUUUCGAACUGGA